UUCGGUCAUUCGCACAGAGAAUGUGGGUCAUGUGGACGUUGCUUUGACAUGUGUAAACGAACGAAUACACCGAAAAUGUGACAACCUGGAUGGAAUUUACUGCUUCUGAACAGUUCAUAUACUGCAAAAAGUAUGGGAAAACCGAGAGGGAAGAGAAGGACUGUGCUGCAAUUGAGUGACAACAAGGACAGUUUUCUAGCACGAUAUGGCUAUGGCCGACAAAACGAAGAAGAUGAGGAUUCAAGAGGUGCUUUUGCAGAUGGGGGAUAUGAAGAUGAUGAACAGGGGUCUGAUGAGGAGCAUGAUGAAGGUGCCCCAGUAAAGGAUGGAGCUUCCGAGUCAUCACUGCCAGGCGAACUCAAUGGUGGGAAAACAGACAUUGACGAUAAAGUAGCCGACUUUUUAGCUGAAAUUGAUGCCUUGCCUGUGCCAGACGAUGAAGAAGAAGAUGAGGAAGAAGAAGAGGACCGCCCAAGCUGUAUGGUAGAAAUCCCUCCACCAAGCUUCAAACUCAAUGUCAACCAGCAGAGCAGUAAUGAUCAGGAGCCACCAGCGAAGACUUACAGUAAAAGGGAAGAGUCAGCAAAAGAGAUGGAGUCUAGAUCCAAGUACAAGAGUAUGUUUGUUAAGGGGGCAUCAGAGUGCAUGAGGCAGAACGAAAGCACUGAGGCCAUGGCUAAGGAAUCAAAGGCAGAGCAAUGGCCAGAAGAGCCGGUGUCAGUCUGGCAGCAGACGCUGGAUGACCACACCCAGUGUUUCUACUACUGGAACACUGUAACUAACGAGGUUACCUGGGAGAUCACUGCUGAGUUCACUCAGUACUUGUUACUGCGCAAGGAGUACGAUGAGAAGGUUGAUCGACUCACCAAGGAGGGGCGCGUCAAACCGACUAAACCCAAACAGGACCAUCCUGAUAGCAGGACUUCAGGAACACCUAGACUGUUUGGUCCGGAGCUGCCAUCUGGCAUUGGUUCAUCACUGGAAGGGGUCGACAACUCUGGAGUAUCAUCAACCUCUAGUUUUCUGAACCAGAAGAAAAGUAGUGGUAUUCUUAAAAACACAGACCGUCAGCACUCUCCAAAACCAGACAGCACCAAGCCAUCCAAGGCACUGUUGGUUGACGCUACUUACUUUAACAGUGACGAUGACAGUGAUAACAGCAGCAGUGAGUAUGAAAGUGACGAUCCUAAAACGUCAACCAAGAAAAACAAGGACGACUCGGACAGUGCUGAGGUAGAAAUGGAUCUCGAUGACAUUGAUGCAGCCCUUGACAUGGCAUUUGACAGUAAAGAAGUCAAAAAGUCUGAUACCAAGAAGACGUCCAAGGAAGAUCCUAAAGCUGAUGUCAAAGAGAAAAAGAAGGAAGCCAAAGGAGUGAAACAGAAGAGCCUGGUGGAUGAAAUGAAGGAACAGGUCCAGAAACGUCAGGAGAUGGAGGCACGGAUUGCAGCAAGGCGCAAAGCAGCAAUUGAGGAGAUGAUGGCACGAGAACUGGAGAGGCGUGUUGGACCGCCAAGGAAAAGAUCAUGUGAGGAAGACCUCCCACAGACGGUGUGGGACAGCAAGAGGCCCAAGUCCUCAGACUUCAGAAAGAGAGAGCAUGAACAUGGAUCACAUCGGUCAUCAAGUGAGAGGGACCACGACCGAGACUCAAAGAGGAAACAUGACGACAGGAAGGAUAAGAAAAAGAAAAAAGAUGAUAGGCAUUCGAGAGAUAGAGAUGAAAAGGGAGAUAAAAGGAAGGACAGAGACAAGGAUAAAGACAAAGACGAGAAAAAGAAAGAUAAGCAUCGAGAUCGUGAUGAGAAAAAGAAAGAAAAGGAUGGAAAGAAAGAGAAGGAGAAAAAGGAAAGUAAAAAGGAGGAAAAGAAGGAGAAGAAGGACGAAACUGAAGUAAAAGUAGAGAAAGUCAAAGAAGUUCUUAAGGUAGAGGAAGAAAUUGUAAAGAAAGUCCCUGUUGUGGAGGAGCUUCCCCCGGAGACCGAGAAAUUCCUGGAGAAAGCUAUGGUCAAGUCUGAAGAUCGGUUGAAGGAGGUUCAGCUGGCUAAUCUCAAGAUGCAGGCAUCUGAGUUAGCUGACCUAGCACUCAGCAAGCUGGAGUUUCUUGAAGUGACAAAGAAAGGCCUUUCAAAACUUCAGAUACUUCUGAUAGAGCUGGAGACAAGACAUCAGGACUGGCAGGCAGGUGGACUGAACACAGAGUUCUUUGUAGCCAAACUUGAGGAGGCAAACUGGCAACUCCAGCAGUACGAGCAGAGUGCAGCGCCCCCUGGCUGGACGUGUCACUGGGACAGAGCUUACAGGCGAUACUUCUACAUGAGCAAGAGGACCAAGCACACACAGUGGGACUAUCCAGAUGAUGAGGACGAUGAGGAUGACAAUGACGACAUCCAUAAUGCAAAUGCAGAAAAAGAGAGCUCAGACAAGUUUGUCCCGAGGCCACCAGAUGGUCAUCCUGGUCAAGAAGGGGAACUGCCACAGUCACCCGAGUCUCAUUCUAUUACGUCUGCAUCGCCGGAACCAACAAAUUUGUCAUCUAGUAUGAGGGACAUAGACAUGGUCACCUCAACGACAGUUGUCAGUGGGGGAACAAGGUCAGAGGUUGGGUCCAUUGCUGACACAACUGUUUCAUCAAAAUCAGCAGUCAUUUCUUCCAGCCAUUUGAGGCCUACAGAGGCAUCAAGAUCAAAAGAAACUGUUCAAGAAAGCCGAAGUUCACACAUUGAAGAAGGCCCUCAGCCGAGAGGAUUGAACUACCUUAGUGGUAAUGAGAUGAGUAUCUUUAGGGGUGAGCCUCCACCCCCGGGUACCGACCUAGAGAUGUUACUGACAGCCCCGCCCCCACCUCCUCCGCCUGAUGACCAGAGACAAGGGUACGGAAGUCUGAGUGAAGAUGAAGAGGAGGAGCGGGACCAGGGCAGACAUGAAGUUCAGAAUGGUGACAGCGACAUGGAUGUUGACAGUAAUGAGGCACUGCCAUCAACUGUACAAACUUACAGUCCUCAAUCAGACGGGGCCAUUACAUUUAGUCAGUCUAACCGACUGGGGGACCAGACGUACGCUACAAACAUGGACCAUGUCAGUAAUAUUAUCACCCGGGGGCCUCAGAUCUUCUCCUCAGACCCUGUUGUUCCUCCUUCACAGGGAAUGGGGGAUGGCUACUACACAGGGGCCAUGGCAGACAUGGUGGAUAGCAGUGGAUCGUUCGCGGCAGCCUCCAGCACCCAGGACUUUGUGGAGGGGGCAGGGGAGGUCCUGUCCACCAGUCACCCAUCCUCUCCCUACCCCCAUGACAAAGAAAAGAAGAAAAAGAAGAAAGACAAGACAAUGAGCAGUACAAGUCUGACGCUCAAGAAGAAGAACGUAUCGUCCAUGGUUCUGAAGUGGCAGAAGGUGAAGAAGGAGGUGGAGAUUGAGGAGCGUAACCGUGAGGAACGAGAGAACGCCAUUCGACAGCAGCUGGAGGAACUCAAACAGGAGUACAGCUGAGUUGUCUCCCUUACCAUAUUGUACGGUACAUCGUGGAACGAAAAUAGUGUCAAAAGACAAUCAGAUAUCCUGAGAGAAAAUCAAGGCACUCUCAAUGUUGUUAGAAAACUUCAUAAUCAUUGGUAGAAAUGAACAGAUUAUUUUCCUGGCAUGUUUACAAUGCCAGACUGAUCUGAUCGCGAAGGAACUGUUGAGGAAAGUUUUUAUCUGUUGUAAUAUUACUUAGUCUUCUCAAAGGAGGAUAGAGACGUUUAUUUGUGUAUGUGUGGUUAAAGGAUUGGAGACUGAAGAUACAGUUUCAUCAGAUACAGAAUUGUGUAGAUGAUAGAGGUGCAUUCCGGUGGAACACAUUUUCUGUAGUGGAAUGCAUGGAGACUACCUGUGGAUUGAGAUACAUGCAGUUAUAAGGAUAUGAAGGACACUUGUCUUGUGCAAUUAAAAGAUGUAUAACAUUUGAUCAUCACAUCACUGCCUGGCAAAGGAAACACAUAUUAUGUGAUUGUUAUCAUUGUGAACUACAUUAAGUCUAACAGAGAAAGUAUUGGAAAUAUAAUUGAAUGCAUUUGACUUAAGUAUGAAAUAUAAGAAUUGUAAAAUAAUUAUAUUUGUACAUAUAAUUUCAUAUGUAAAACUAAUUUUAUCAGACUGAUGUGAUCAUUUUGUCUACAAUUUGAGAGGUAUCAAGUUGGUGUGAUCUACAUUUCAUCCUACUUUACACAUGCUUGUGUUUAAAAAAACAUUUGAUUUAACGUGAACUGGUAAUUGAUUCAUUCUUGUCAUUAAUUAUUUAACCAAGUACAAAUGAACAUAUGUAAAGGGUGUUUACAUACAUGUAAGGGUGGAAAGCCUUAUAUACGAUGUAGUACAACCCUUAACUCAUUCAACCUUGAAGACACAUUUGAACAGUACAAAAGUUGGAAAUAGAUUGUUAUAUGGAUCUGUAGAUUUAGUUACUGGUUAGUGGUGUGGGUGUGUUUACACCAGCAUCAAACACAACAAUGAUAAAGGCUCUGUUUACCUUGUCAUACUGUCAAUAAAAUAAUGUCAAACAG